UUUUCAAUAUUCAACGAAAAUGGUAUCUGGUCGUCCCUUAUUAUAUUUGUCAUUGCCGGGAGUAGUAUUUAUUCUCGGUGUUUAUUGGUAUCGACGUCGCAAUAAAAAUCGUUCCAAUGGAGGCACAAUUGAUAACGAACAAGAAAACUUAAGUGCACAUAAUUCAAAAGAAUCAACAAAUCAACACAUAAAUGGAAGUUUAAUUCAGAACAAGUCGAAUCCUUUACCAAGUGAUUCAGUAAAUAUAAAUAACAAAAACGAAGGUGAUGAUAGUCCAACUGUCAGACUUUUUGGUAAAUCGGCUCCAAUCAAAAUUCUUCAGAAUGGCAGAGGUUCACCCGUCAAACAGCAGCAAGUCGACUCUGAGGUUCUUAAAAACAAAAUACAAAAUGCUGAAAAUAAGGCACUUCGUUCGAUCGAUGAAGACUUUGAAAACUUAUCUUCACCAGUUGAUCUGCCAGAUUCCGUGGAUAAUCGCAUAGCGUUUUAUUCCCGCAAUGUGAAUUGUAAAAAGGAUGCACCUGUUGUAAUAAGAGCUACCCGCACACCAAAAAUCUCACCUGAAAACUCUUUUCUUGAAAAUAAAUAUACCAAAGAAUGUGAAGAAAAUAAUAAUUUGGAUCUUAUGGAAAAUGUAAAAAAUGAAAGUGAAAUGGGAAAUUCGCCAGGUCAUCCAGAACAGGAUCAAGUUUUUAACAAAGACGGCGCCAUGAAUAUUCAAUGUCCAGAUGUUGAUAUUACGGAAAAUGGGAAACGUAAUGUAGAUGCUGCCAGUCCAUCAUUAAGUUUAUGCAGCGUUCAAUCGGGCGAUUCAGGAAAAGGAUCAAGCUUGCCGCGAUCCGAAGCAAAUCGUGUCAAAUCUACAUAUGAAUUCUUUCUGCCAAGUAACUUUAUAGGUCACUUGUAUGGCAGAAAACAUUUUUUCAUCAACCAAAUCAAAGUGAAGACCUCAGCGAAUGUAAUAAUACGCAAAACAAAUAAUGCCGGAAAAUUUUUAUGCAUUUGCGUUAUUGAGGGUUCUGAGAGUGAAAUUAAAGCUGCUUUGGCAAUGAUUAGACAACGUCUCCCCUCAAAACGCUUUCCUAAUUUUACUAUGGAUAAAAUACAACCAGCAUCUCCUGAAUCUGUAGUUCCUUUAUGUACUCAAAAUUUACUUUGUUCACAGCUUAAGCUCGUCGAAAAUAUUAAUAACGAUGUAUGUAUCACUGCUGUAGUGAAUGGCGGACAUAUAUUCGUACAGCAGCCUUGUCAUCCCUCGAAACCUUCAUUAGAUAAUCUUCAAAGGUGUAUGUAUGACAGCUACGAAACGAGUGAAGCACCGUUGCUGCCUGGUAUUGAAAUCAAUGCUGUUUGUGUAAUUAAAACUAAAGGAUAUUGGUAUAGAGUUCAAAUAGUAGAACAAAACGGUGAGGAUAAAGAGCGGUGCGUAAUUAAAUUUUUGGACUUCGGAGGCUAUAUGGAUGUACAUUUCCACGAAUUACGGCAAAUUAGAGCAGACUUUAUUAAUUUACCAUUCCAAGCCGCCGAAUGUGUAUUAUCCAAUGUGGAACCAAUCGAUUCCACGUGGCCACCGGAAGCAGCUGAAAUGUUAUAUCAACUGACUAGGGGAAUUGUUUUACAAGCACAGGUGGCAGGGUACAACAGCCAUAAUAUACCGGAAAUUUACUUGUACGCUUACUUAGGUCCAGGUAAUAUUAUUUUCGUAAACAGGGAACUUGCAGCCAGAAAUUUAGCUAAAUGGGUUGAUGUGCGAGACUGAUUUCAAAUGAGUGGAGAGUUUUUGUAAAAACUGUUAGUAGACAAGCCACAAUUAUCAUCCAAUUAAUUUUAAAAUAUUUAAAAGAACAAAACAUCGCUAUUUAACAAUUUAGAAAUAGUAAAGAUAUUUCAUUAAGUAAGUUACCAUGCGCAUAGGUUAUAAAAUCAAUAAUAAGAGUUGUGAAGAUUUAAGGCGUCAUUGAGGCAUUCAUCGACAAUUUGUGUUUUACGCAAUAGUCAUUUGUUUCAAGUGAAUAAACCUGUUGUAAAUAUGGAAGACAUUAAAAAAUCGCCAAAAAUAUGGUGAUAUAUAUAUCUAGGAAUAUAGCAAGCAAUAGAAGGCUCGUAUUAAUUCUGCCGGACAAAAAGUUUCAAAUAAACUCUUGUAAAUAUAAUAUGCAUAUUUAAAUAUUAUUUAUAUAUAAAAUAGUACAUUUUUACGUCUCUUAUUGAUGCAUAAAUAACAUGCUUUAAAUAUAUACUUAUGUACGUAUAUUUUUUUACCAAACGUAGAGAGAACUAAAAAAGCAGCUACUUAUUGCUAUAAUUUGCGGAAAGGCAUUUUGAUGGAUAUUAACAUGACUGCGAAAAAUAUUAAACUCAUUAAAGAAAUAAAAUACAAUUUUAACAGGUAUUUUUUCUAUCUAUAUAUACUAAAUUCGUUUGAAUUGCAUUUUGCAUUUGUGAAUUCAAAUAUUGACUGCCUAUUAUCAAUUUAUUUAUAUAUCGUAUACAGAAUGCAAAUUCAUCAAAAUGUCUAAUGUAUGUUAUAAUCCAAACUUAUACUUGUAUAUGUAACAAGGUAACAUAAUUUUUUCGUUAGUAACCCUUUAGAACCAUGUAAGUAAACAUAAGUACGCUAAAUUGUAAUUUAUAAGUAAUUGUUCAGUUAUUCUUCUAAAACGUAAUAUUUAUUUUGCACCUCAGUAAAGGUCAAAUGGCAUGUUUUUUACCAGAAUGAAAGCCAAUCAGCCUUAGUGUUAAUUAUUGUUUGAUCCAGCUUAGUUAGUUUUAAUUAAAAAUUGUUAGAUUUAUAUUUAUUCAUAAAGUGAUUUCAUAAAACGUUAUAGUGAAUAUUACCAAUGGAGUACACUAAUAAUAAAAAAUGAAGAUUUACUAUUCUGAAGAUAACAUAAUAAUAUAACGCUUUGGCCAUAGUUCUUCUGCACACAAGCAAAUUACAACAAUAGCUUUGCAGGAAAUAAUAAAUUUCUUUAUCUGUAUUUUGUGUAUCGAAAAA